AUGUCUAGCACACAGUUGAACAUUCUUGUGAUCGGUAACGGUGCCAGAGAACACGCAAUUGUCUGGAAGUUGGCACAGUCCAAGUCCGUGAGUAAAAUCUAUGUUGCACCUGGAAAUGGUGGUACUCAAGUAUCUGACAAGGUUGUUAAUGUUCCUGAAUUGUCCGGUUCUCCUAAAUGCUUUGAAGCGUUGGCGAAGUUUUCUCUUGAGCACCAAAUAAACUUGGCUAUUCCUGGACCAGAACAACCUUUGGUUGAUGGAAUUUCAACUGUGUUCACCAAGAUUGGGGUACCAGUGUUUGGACCCUCUGAAAAAGCUGCUGUGAUGGAGGGAUCCAAAGCAUUUUCGAAAGUAUUUAUGGAUAAACACAACAUUCCUACUGCUAGAUUCAAGAACUUCACUUCCGUUGAGGAUGCUAAGAAGCACAUCCAAGAGAUCGAUUACAACAUUGUCUUGAAAGCUGAUGGACUUGCUGCUGGAAAAGGUGUAUUGAUUCCAGAAACUAAACAAGAGGCCUUGCAAGGAUUAGACGAGAUUAUGGUGGCUAAAAACUUUGGAAGUGCAGGAGAUGAGAUCGUUAUUGAAGAAUACUUAGAAGGUGAUGAAUUAUCUAUUUUAACCAUCACUGAUGGUUACUCUUUUUUCAACUUACCAGCUGCUCAGGACCACAAAAGAAUUGGCGAUGGUGAUAAGGGCUUGAACACCGGAGGAAUGGGUGCCUAUGCACCUGCUCCAAUCGCCACUCCAGAAGUUUUGGCCAAGAUCGACAGCAAAAUCAUCAAACCAACCAUUGACGGAAUGAGACAAGAUGGUUACCCAAUGUGUGGUGUUUUGUUCACUGGUAUUAUGUUGUCGCCCACCAAAGAACCCAAAGUAUUGGAGUACAACGUGCGUUUUGGAGACCCUGAAACCCAAACUGUUUUGCCAUUGUUAACUGAAGACACUGAUUUGGCUCAGGUGUUCUUGGCUUGUGCUGAACACAGAUUGGACUCUGCCAAGAUCGAGCUUAAACCUAACACAUUUUCUACAACUAUCGUGAUGUCUGCUGCUGGAUAUCCUGAAUCAUAUCCUAAAGGUGACGAGAUUACCGUUAAGACCCCUCUACCAGCUGACACUUAUGUUUUCCAUGCUGGUACUGCUGAAAAAAACGGUAAAAUAGUUACUGCUGGUGGCCGUGUAAUUGGUUCAACUGCAACUGGUAGUACCGUAAAAGAAGCUGUUGAAAAGGCUUACGCAGGUGUGGAAUAUGUUAAGUUUGAAGGUAAGUACAACAGAACAGAUAUUGCACACAGAGCCUUCAGAGAUGCUGAGGUGGCUUCCAAGAAGGCUGGUGUCACAUAUGAAGAAUCUGGUGUUUCUGUUGACAAAGGUAACUUAUUGGUAGAGAAAAUCAAGGCCAAGGUGAAGUCGACUGCCAGACCUGGUGCCGAUUCUGAUAUCGGUGGAUUCGGUGGAUUGUUUGACUUAGCUCAAGCUGGAUAUAAAACUGCCGACACAUUAUUGGUGGGUGCCACCGAUGGAGUUGGUACUAAAUUAAGAGUUGCACAAAUCAUGGACAUUCAUGACACUGUCGGUAUCGACUUAGUGGCAAUGAACGUCAAUGAUUUAGUAGUACAGGGUGCUGAACCAUUGAUGUUCUUGGACUACUUUGCAACUGCCAAGUUAGAUAUCAAAGUGGCUGCAGAUUUUGUUUCAGGAGUGGCUGAUGGAUGUAUCCAAGCUGGGUGUGCCUUGGUCGGAGGAGAAACCAGUGAAAUGCCUGGUAUGUACGCCCCGGCCAUUAUGAUACCAACGAAAGACAAGGUUUUGCCCUUUGUUGAAAAAAUGCAGGCCGGUAACGUGAUUAUUGGAUUGAAGGCUAACGGAUUACAUUCCAACGGUUACAGUUUGAUCAGACAUUUGAUUGAGUCUUCUACAGACUAUGACUACACUUCUCCUGCACCAUUCUCCACAACUGGAAAAACUCUCGGUGAAGAGAUUUUAACCCCUACGAAAAUCUAUGUCAAGCAAGUGCUUGCAGUGAUCAAAGAAGAUUUGACCUUGGGAUUGGCUAACAUUACUGGUGGAGGUUUAGUGGAAAAUAUUCCAAGAUGUUUGCCUAAGCAUUUACAAGCUGUGUUGGAUAUCAACACUUGGGAAGUUCCGGAAAUAUUCAAAUGGUUUGGUCAACUAGGAAAUAUUCCAUAUGCCGAUAUCUUGAAGACUCUUAACUUGGGUAUUGGUAUUGUGUUGGUGGUGGAAAAGCAUAAUGUUGAAGAGGCUAAGCGCAUUUUAGUGCAACAAGGCGAAGAGCCAAUUGAAAUCGGUGUUUUGGUGGAAAAAUCCAAUGCUGAUGAUGCUGGAUGUAUUGUUAACAACAUUGACGGGUUAUACUAA